AUGGCGAGCUCGUCCUUCCCCUUUCCCACAUGCGCGCAUAAGAAGUGCCUGGGCAGCACAGCGAGGAGUCCCAGACCAGAGAGCAAUCCUGCUGUGUACCAGUCAUCCAUGUCAUCUAGGAGUAAUUCGAAGAGGUUGCCUUCAGAUGACAAUGUUGCCUCUGAUGGAGGACUCCGAAGACGAGAGAUUUAUCUGAACGGACCUUCCCUGGAGCGUGCUUCCAAGCGUACCACCGAGGGUGUUCUAUCCCCUUCAAGCAUGAAAAACCCAAAUAAGAGCAAAGGGACCAACCAGUUGCAUUCCGAGGCGUCGGGAAGUAAUUCAAGAAAGAGUGAGAGCAGGCAUGUGAUACAUGUGUCUGCGGGGAAUGAUGAUUUAUCAACCACUCAAAAACCGAGGAAAGUGAAGCUCAAAAUUGGUGGAAUCAGUCGGACUAUACCAGCAAAACCAAAUCCUAAUUUACCAGAUUCCAGGUCUUCAGCUGCAAAGCCUACACAGCUGGGAGAUUCAUGGCACCGGCAAAAGCACGGUAAUCAGACUGAAGGCGCAAAAGAUAAAAGUAGGUUACCCUCUUCUCAAGACAAGAAAACAAAAAAACUGAGGACAAUUGAAGAUACCUUCACUCCGGAACAACCUGCCAAAGUUCAGAGAGAAUCAUCUUCAGAUCCUGUCCGGAAGAGUAGGAGGAUUGCUAAGAAAUCAAACUUUGACAGUGAAUUUGACGAGGAAUAUGAUGCAAGUACUCUUGAAAAUCUUGGAGCUUCUAAUGUUAAUGAUGGUCAUGGUCGUGAUUCUAAAAACAAAGGAGGAAGUAACUCAAAGAAUAAUGCCUCAAAGAAAGAUAGAAGUAGGAGCACAGUUUAUGAGGUUGAUAAUGAUUUUGCUACACCCCAAUCAAAUAGAGAUGGGAAGAAAAGGUUGAGAGAUAAUUCUGUUGCUGAUGCUGAUAAUACUGAAGAGGAACUGGCCUCUGAUAGCGAACUCGAACCCGGAAACAAGAAGCAGAAGGCAGUCACUGAGUCACCUGCCAAUGUUAAGAUUGAACCUCUCACGACACGUCGCCGAGCCCUCCAGUCAUGGAUGGAUGGGAACAGCAACAGUACCGUUGAGUUCCCUGACGGUUUACGAGCAGCUUCCUCAAGAAGCAAGAAGGAAAAGCUCUCUGAUGCAGAGAUGCUCGCCAAGAAGGCUGAGGCCGCUCAACGGCGCAAGUUGCAAGUGGAGAAAGCCACAAAAGAAAGCGAGGCUGAAGCUAUAAGGAAAAUAUUGGGCCUGGAUACCGAGAAGAAGAAAGAAGAGAGGAAGCAAAAGGAGCGAGAAGAGAAGGAGAAGGCAGCCAGGGCGGAAGAACUAGCCAGAAACUCCAUCCGCUGGGUCAUGGGCCCCACGGGCACGGUGGUUUCGUUCCCUGAUUCUGUAGGCCUCCCCAGCAUCUUCAACUCCAAGCCCUGCAGCUACCCUCCCCCACGUGAGAAGUGCGCCGGACCGUCGUGCACGAACGUGUACCGGUACAGGGACUCGAAGCUGAAGCUCCCCCUCUGCAGCCUGGAGUGCUACAAAGCCGUCCGUGGGAACGCUUGAUUCUGAACGUGCUGGAGUUGUGCCGAGCUCCUGUUUCCGCAGCCGCGUCCUGGGCUGGUCCAUGCACAGUCGAAAAAUAAGAGAGAGAGGAUGGUCACUCCUCCUGACGAUGCAAAAAUUUGUUGUUUGUUCCAAUAAGAGCAUGCUCAUCGCGUGCAGUCAUGCAUAGUUACAGUUAGAUCUGCGGGUAAAAGUGUUUCUCUGGUACUGCACCAGUUUGUUUACUGAUCCAUCAGUUGUACUGAACUAGAUGAUGUCUAAGUAGAUAUUACAAAUACAUAUAUAGAGAGAAAAUUGCAGAACAA